AGCCCAAGUUGACUAGAGGGUUGUGCAGAUCUAUGGCCGACGGUAUCCUGGAGCAAACCCUAGGGGACACCGAGGACCGCGCCCUCCUCUCCGGCUCCGGUGGCGCUGACGACCGAUCUCCAACGGAGUCCGGUGAUUCUUCCCUCUCACGAUCCCUUUCUUCCAGCCGACUCAACGCCCAGGCAGCAGAGUUUGUCCCCCGCUCCUCGCAGCUCCCCGAUUCUACCCCAGUGCCGAUCCGUCAUGGACAUGCUCCUGUGGCUCACCCAGUGAUGCACGUAUUCCACCAGGCGCCUCCAAGCUCAAAUUAUUUUGCUCCCGGCUCGGGUUCGUUCGAGUACUAUGGGGCUGCCCAGUCCGGCGGGUUUAGGGAUCACGAGGGUGGACAUACGAGUGCUGAUCCUGAACGAACCCCUCUGGAUAAGGACGAGCUUCCAGAAGAAGUUAUCCAAAAGAUCACGAAACAGGUUGAGUAUUAUUUCAGUGAUGCAAACCUUGCUACAACUGAACAUUUGAUGAGGUUUAUCAGUAAAGAUCCUGAUGGAUUUGUGCCAAUAUCAGUUGUAGCAGCAUUUAAGAAAAUCAAAUCCUUGGUUCAGAACAUCUCACAGCUUGCUAUGGCACUCCGAACAUCAUCAAAACUGGUUGUAAGUGAUGAUGGGAAGAGAGUUAGGCGUCAACAGCCUUUUACAGAAUCGGACUUGGAGAUGUUGCAGUCUCGCAUUGUUGUGGCUGAAAACUUGCCUGAGGAUCAUUGUUACCAGAAUCUUAUGAAGCUAUUCUCUUCUGUUGGCAGUGUGAAAACAAUACGAACAUGUUAUCCACAAACUGUCAAUGGAACAGCUGCUGCAAAUAAUAAACUGACAAGACUGGAAAUGCUCUUUGGCAACAGAUUGCAUGCAUUUGUGGAGUAUGAGACUGUUGAAGAUGCUGGAAAAGCAGUUGCUGAACUCAAUGAUGAAAAGAACUGGAGAAAUGGACUCAGAGUUAAACUGUUUCCUAAAUUCAUGAUGAAACAUGGACCAGUCCGGGGAAGAAGAGGACAGGAAGGUGAUUUUAAUGGAGAGGAGGAUGUCUCGACAUCAAACCAAUUAAAUGAAAGGCUGGUUGAUGAUGCCUAUCACUCAUCUGAAGUGUCACAUGAUCUUGAGAAUGAUGAGAAUUUCAAUGAAAAAGAUGGAUCGCUAAGACGAGGGAGAGGCCGGGGCCGUGGAGGGAGACGAGGUAGAGGCCAACAUCACAACAAUAAUCGUGGAGGAGGCCAUCUGGUUGGCACUCCACCAUCUAGCCAUUCUAUCCAUUUUGAUCGAGAACAGAUUAUUUCUAACAAACAACCUCCCGGUCCUCGGAUGCCAGAUGGUACCAGGGGUUUCACCUUAGGUCGAGGGAAACCAGUAACCUCUGCUACUACAGUCUAAUGGCAUUCUACGAGUGUUUCUGAGAUUCCGUUUUCUUAUGUGCAUGUUAAUAUAUUAUUAUUAGCCAAUCCUCGACUUUUGGUGCCAAUACAUCCUUCAGAACGUGUUGGACUUUAUUUUGGGGUUGAGCUUGAGUUGGUAGUGCCCGCUUUGUGUUCCUACGUUUGAUGGUCUUAUAUCCAAAGAGAAAAAGGGUAAAUAGUAUGUUGGUGUUUUGUGCUCAGACCAAAUCAAUUAUAUUAGAAGUGUUAUGGAUGAUAAUAGAUGGUAAAUAAGGCAAAAACUGUCAGAUUAUUUGAUUUAAAUUAUUAUUAUUAAUAUUAUUUAAUUUUGCAA